AUGGCUUCUGAUUCAAGAAAACGUACAUUGGAGGCUUUGGAGAGAAGAAUUCAAACCGAACAUAUACUUGAAGAAAACAAAAACCAAAAGACAAAAGUUGAACAUGUCAAAUCAACUAACAAAAAGGCUAAAAUUGAACAUGUUAAAUCACCUAUUCUUGCACCUUCUACUCCUAUUGAUUCUUCCUCCCAUGCUUCUCGUCCAUCAUCGGAUCCACCCAACAAAGCGAAUUUCAGUCUUUUUGGUCGUGCCAUUUCACAAGACAAUGAAGAUGGUCCGGAAUAUGCCCAACUUUCUGUGACUGUAGAUGAUAAUCUGCUCACAACUAAGCGGGAGUCUUCUUUUGAAAGAGGAUGUUCAGUUUCAGGAAUAUUGCAUGAACUUCUUAAGAAGGGAGAUGCAGCCCAAAAGUAUAUGCAAGGAUCUAGGAGUAUGAAAAUCGACAACUGGAUUCUUCUUGAUAAUUAUGUACAAGGACGUGCAUUUUCUUCAUCUUCUCAAACUAGAGCUUUGCAAAUUCAUUCAAAACGUUCUAAGAAGCACUUGUCCAUGAAACAACAUAAAAAACACGGAUCAUUCAAUCUUCCUCGAGAGUUCCAUAAAUUUGAUAUUUUCAAGCCAAUGCAUGAAAUGUGGAAAGACUAUAUAAUGCUGUUGCUUAAAUCCACUGGGAAAAAUCAAUUGGCUCAAUGUCUCCUCGGUGCAGAUCUACACGGUGCUAUUAUUUUAGUUGUGGAGUGUAAACUAACCCAUUUUACUGGAACCGGUGGCAUAAUGAUUCGUGAAACUGCAGAAGCUUUUGGGAUAAUUACUGAAAAUAAUAAAUUUCGAGUUGUUCCGAAGAAGGGUUCUGUAUUUAGACUCCAAGUUGAUUGCUGGAAAGUCACACUACAUGGAGAUAAACUUGAUUCAAGAAAAGUUGGAUUAUGA